AUGAUGUCUCCGGUUGUUCUCUUCACGAUUAUCUCAAUGGCUUUCGGUCGAUACGCCAGCUCCCUGGAACACCAAAUCAUGAAGCGAAAUAUGGGCUCAGUUGGAUACGCCGCCAUGCCGCAAGAUUCAUUUGUCGAAUAUAAACGAAGUGGUUUCACCAACAUGGCUGAUCUCAGCUUAGGAAAUCUCUUCCCUCAACAAGAAUAA